UACUAGCUACUCUUAAUCUCCCAUGGCGAGGCGUCUGCUUGUGGUUGUGGUGGUGGCUCUUGCACUGUGGUGCGGCGGCAUCGAGUCCAAGGCGCCAGCGCCCAAGAAGCCAAAGGGAGGUGGAGGUGGGGGCGAGAUAACUGUCACUAUCACCAUCAAGUGGAAGCGUAACUACAAGGUAUCCUGCAAAGACAAAGGGGGCCCGGAUUGCUACGUCGGCUGCCCCAAGGAGUGCCCUAACAAGUGCAUCGCCUCCUGCACCCGCUGCCGCAGCUUCUGCAUGUGUGACUUCUUCCCCGGCACCUCGUGCGGCGACCCGCGCUUCACCGGCGGCGACGGCAACACCUUCUACUUCCACGGCCACAAGGACCGGAGCUUCUGCAUCCUCUCCGACGCCGGCGUCCACAUCAACGCCCACUUCAUCGGCAACCACAACCCGGAGCUGAAGCGCGACUUCACGUGGGUGCAGGCGCUGGGCAUCACAUUCGCCGGCGGUCGUCACCGCCUCUACAUCGGCUCCCGCAAGGCCGCGCGGUGGGACGAGGAGGUGGACCACAUCGUGGUCGCCCUGGACGGCGAGCCCGUCGACGUCGCCGCCGUCAGGGACGCGCGCUGGUCGUCCGGGACCCUUCCGGGGCUGUCCGUCACCCGCACUGACGCCGUCAACAGCGUCCUCGUCCAGCUCGAUGGCGUGUUCGCCGUCUCGGCCAACGCCGUUCCCGUCACCGACGAGGACGAUAGGGUUCACAAGUACGGCAGGACCGACAGGGACAGCCUCGUGCACCUCGACCUCGGCUUCCGGUUCCACAACCUCACCGCGGACGUCGACGGCGUGCUCGGGCAGACGUACAGCCCCAGCUACGUGAGCAGGCUGGACAUCGGCGCGAAGAUGCCCGUCAUGGGCGGCGCGCACAAGUACCUCUCGUCGAGCCUCUUCUCCACCGACUGCGCCGUCUCCAAGUUCCAGCACGGCGUCACCGCAUUUGCUUCUUAAUAAAUAUGUCGUCUAUGGAGAAGUUGCUACCUGCUGAUCACAUGCACCGGCAAGGAAAUAAUUAAUUAUGUCAACGAUUACUCUACCUUCGUAUGUAAUGUACUUGGGUCCGAGUACCCGUUGAUCUUGUAGCAAUGCAGAAAUAAGUACUAAAGAAAGUCUCAACGUAGACUGAGACGAUGGUGUUUUUGGUA